AUGACAAAACGUCUCACUCGAUCGGAACUGUUUGCUGGCGCUCAAACGACAGGAAGCAGCGUCCAAAUUCCAAAUUCACAUUUAGAUCUAGAGAAUCAAAACGAUGAAAAGAUUGAAGGUUUGACCAGUAAAGUAAAAAUAUUAAAAGAGAUUACUUUGAACAUUGGUGAAGUUGUAAAAGAGUCCAGCUCUAUCAUAGGCUCAAUGAUCACAAGAUAG